CACGCUUUGGGUUUCUUGCCUCGACCAUUCACGUAAACAACCACCGCGCCCUCCGCCGCAAUUGACGCCACACCGCUCGGCCUCCCCAUGCGUGUCUCGCGGUAGCCGCACCAGAAUGAGCGAGAACCCCGCCGAGCCCCCCAAGAGUGAGGGAAACAGUAAAGAGACACCGGAAACACACAAGAACUCCAGCCAGGAAGUCGAGUAUGACGACUUUGGCCUGCCCAUAAGGAAAAGGCGACCGCGGACUCCGGUGGAGGAGAGCUCCGACUCGGAAACGGACAAGUUUGAGGAUGCCGUGGCUUCAAACGACGAUAGGGGGUACCGCGCCAUUGCAUCCGAGGACGAGAAAGAGGUACCAAAGGAAAAAGAUGGCAACAAGAAGCCUCCAGCCGCUGGGCCAGAGAAGACCGGCGCGGAGAGUAAUGCGCAGCCCCAACCCAGCAAGCAGCCACCGGAGCCGGCAGGGAAGGCCGAGCAGGAACGGUAUAGCGAUCACCCUGAAGACAAGUUUGUAGAAGCAAAGAAGAGUGUCCCGGCAGACAUCAAGUCACCCACUACAUCCGAGCCGCCAAAGAGCGCAACCCUCCUCCAAACGAACGCUGCGGCCAUAUCCGAGUAUUCGCACCUGCACCUCGUCACACAGGCACAGAAUGAUUCCAAGGAAAAGGACAACGAAGUUGACGAGGGCGAGUGGCAGGAAAUGCCUGCAUAUGCCCAUUACGACAUGUACGACGACGACAACAGACUUAUUGCCAAGGAGAACUUGGAGGAACUGGAAGACAUGCACGGCUACGCCAACGUCGGAGGCGCCGCCAAAGGCUACACCAGAGUCAUCAUGGAUGAUGACGCGGAUUCACAGACGAGCAUGGACGACAACACGGCAUACUUGUUCAAGGAAAGAAGCACCGCCUUGGCUGACGAAGACGAAGAAGGGCGAGACCCGCUCUCGCAGAUGCAAGCCACCAAGAACCUCCUUACCGAAGGACAGCGUGUCGCAUACGUCGGACUGGUACGACUAGCUACGAAAGAAAUGGAGAGGAAGUUUGCCCAGAUCAAGCCCACCACCAAAAGGAUGAAGAAACAGAUGGAGAUGCAGUCGGGAACAACCAAAAUGUGGUCACAAAAAAUCAUGAUCAAGAUAUACGGACACAUGGAUAUCAACACAUCGGAGCAGAUCAUGAUCGAGCAGUUAUCAGAGCACGGCGUGGUGCCAGCCGACCUCACACCAGCAUUGAUGCGGAACGCGCGAGUGAAGAAUCCUGUCGCAGCGGAUGCAGAUACUGCGAACGACCCUGAUUCUGCGAGGCCAUCCGUUUCAUCUCCUCGGCCUGAAACACCGGCGGACAGACCAAAAUCGAAACGCCUCUCAUCACCAGGCUCGGAAGACUAUCUGCGAUCGCCAUCACCUCCGCCCUAUGAAGAAUACGACGACGGCUACGAUUAUCCAGAGGUCAAGUCGCCAUCCCAACUUCCAAACAGCAAGAAUCUUGACAUUGAUCUGCGAUGGACUGUCCUGUGCGAUCUGUUCCUAGUACUCAUAGCAGACUCGGUCUACGAUUCGCGCUCGAGAGAGCUCUUUGAGCAGGUUGGCAAGUAUCUCAGUGUAGACUGGUUAGAGAGCUGUCGGUUUGAGAAGCGCGUCACAGAUGCGCUGGAGAUGCAGGAGCAGGCUGACAAGGAGAACUGGAAUGAGGAUGAACACAUGGUUAAUCGUGCUAAGCGGGCGCGCAACAAGCGGUUGGCGUUUAUGGGUCUCGCAACGGUUGGCGGUGGUCUUGUUAUUGGCUUGUCGGCUGGUCUCCUUGCUCCUGUUAUCGGUGCUGGACUUGCUGCGGGUUUUACUACCAUUGGAGUCGCGGGCACCAGUAGUUUUCUGGCGGGUGCUGGAGGCGCUGCCAUCAUCACGUCCACUGGCGUUGUCACCGGUAGCACCGUUGGUGUCAGGGCGAUGAAUAGGCGUACAGGCUCAGUGAAGACGUUUGAGUAUCGUCCUCUUCACAACAACAAGCGCACUCAUCUCAUCAUUACAUUGGCAGGCUGGAUGAAUGGCAAAGUCGACGAUGUCCGCUUGCCAUACAGCACUGUGGACCCUAUCAUGGGUGACAUUUAUUCCGUCCUCUGGGAGCCUGAGAUGUUGAGAAGCAUGGGUGACACGAUCAAUAUCCUUGCUACUGAAGCUCUUACACAAGGGUUGCAACAAGUUUUGGGCAGCACCAUUCUCACGGCUCUCAUGGCUGCCAUGACGCUGCCUCUCGCUCUGACAAAGCUGUCUUACCUCAUCGACAACCCGUGGAUCGUCUCGCAAGCGCGAGCAGAUAUGGCUGGACUGAUUCUGGCAGACUCACUCAUUGAUCGCAACCUGGGAACAAGACCAGUCACGCUCGUCGGUUUCUCGCUUGGCUCAAGAGUCAUCUUGUCAUGUCUAAAGGAGCUUGCCGAGCGAGGUGCGUUUGGCAUUGUGCAGAACGUGUACAUGUUUGGCACACCAGCAGUGGUCAAGUUUGAUGAGUACGUAAAGGCCAGGUCUGUUGUGCCUGGGAGAUUUGUCAAUGGGUAUGCUACCAAUGACUGGAUCUUGGGUUACCUCUUCCGCGCAACCAGUGGUGGUAUCAUGCGCGUCGCAGGCCUUGCCCCCGUACAAAUUCCCACUAUUGAAAACGUGAAUGUGACUGAGCUCGUACCUGGCCACAUGGCCUAUCGUGCGGCCAUGCCCAAGCUACUCCGCGAAGUCGGCUGGAUUGUUGAAUCGGACGAGUUUGUUGAAAUUGAAGACCCAGACCCGGACAAUCACGAAAUCCGGCAGCGUGAACUCAUCAAUGAAAUUGAAGAAGCGCGAAAAGAGCUCGAAAAGAAGGCGCAAGAAAAAGAGCGAAGGGGCAGCAAGCUCAGCUGGUGGAAGAAGAAGAAAGCCGCCAAGAACGACUGGGAAGUGUACGAUGAACACUCGACGGCCGUGCCCGCAAACCACAAGAAACUCGACCAAGACCAGGACCCAGCCAAGCUGGCUGAAAACCAAAUCAUGUUUGACAUUGACGCAAUCCGCAAGGAGGUGGCAUCAUUGGCCGCCGAAAGCAAAGAAUACAAUGCCGAAGCCGAGUUUGAAAUCAAAGAAAUCAAGUCGACGCUUCCACCGAUGAAGAUUGACAUGGCCACGGUCCCGCCAUCACAAGCAGCCAACAACCGGUACUCUAUGCUUAGGGAAACGAAGAGCUACAACGACAGCCUAGGCUCAUCAAGCUACAAGACAGCGCCAAGCACAAACGGUACAAACGGUCGCUACGAAGAAUACGACGAGUUCGACUAUGAGUACGGCGGCGCCGACAACAUGGAAAUGACUUUCGAUACGUCAUUCCGCGACCCGGCGCCCUCGUCCUCCUCACCUCCACGCCCCUCCGCCACAAAGACUUCCUCUCUCCCCCUUUCACCGCUCCCCGCGCCGCCCGCACACUCUAACACAUCCUCUCCCUGGGAAGACGAAGUCCGCAGCACCACCACCACUAGACCGCCGCUUCGCCCCGCCAAAACAGACAACCAUGCAUCCGUCAGCCUCGCACCCGCCGACCUGGGGCACAAUGCGUGGGCCGACGAAUUCGAAGACGACUUUGGCCAGGAGAAAGAAGUCAAGAUGAGCUUCAUGUGA